GACACAAACCCCCGUUUUCCCGCCUGUGUUUGUAAUGGCUUCAUUCGUGUCCGGAAGCAACAAAUAACGACAGACAUUUGGUCCUUGCUUUUUAAAAAACACAAACAAACAAGUAAUUCUGGAUCAUUUUAAAAUACAUUUUAACACAUUUUUCCAUCCUGGUCGACAAGUCGUUGCCGUCUGUUUGUUCCCGCAAAAGUUCAACUCUGGAGACAACAGGUGCUGGGAUGAACAGGUCCAAGUCCAACGCGGAUAAAAGAUCCGAGCGGCCUGCAAUCACUCGACGAACACGCAGCUCCAGUACUGCACAGCCCUCUCAGUGCCAGGAUUCUGGACUGGAAAAGCGAAGGAAGCAGCCAGACUCGGACCUGAAUCAGGACCUCAGCCAGAAGACCGUGAACAGACAAGCAAGGCCUGCAAGUGAAGCAAAGCAGACCAAAACAAGCCCUGCAGCCUCCCAGCCAGGGUCAGCUCCGAAUGGCUCCUCUGCCACCAAAUCCUGCAGUGGUCUGGCCGCUGUGGCCCAGCUAAUGAAGCUGGGCCGCUGUAAGAAUGUGGUCGUGGUAGCUGGAGCUGGAAUCAGCACCCCGAGUGGGAUUCCCGACUUCAGAACUCCAGGAACAGGACUGUAUGCCAACCUGGACGCCUACAAUAUCCCGUAUCCAGAAGCCAUUUUCAACAUCGACUACUUCUCCAACGACCCACAUCCUUUCUUCUCCCUGGCCAAGGCGCUCUAUCCAGGAAGCCACAAGCCCAACUACAUACACUACUUCAUCCGCAUGCUGCACCACAAAGGCCUGCUGCUGCGAAUGUACACGCAGAACAUUGACGGCCUGGAGAAAGUGUGUGGAAUCCCAGAUGACAAACUUGUCGAAGCUCACGGCAGUUUUGCCACCGCUUCCUGCCACCUGUGCUACACGCCUUACCCGCCAGAGGAUGCAAAGCACAUCAUCAUGAGCGGCAGCAUCCCCAAGUGCACCUUCUGCACCGCAACAGUCAAACCAGAUGUUGUGUUUUUUGGUGAGGACCUUCCUCAAAAGUACUUUCUCCACGCGAAAGACUUCCCCAAAGCGGACCUACUCAUCAUCAUGGGAACGUCUCUACAGAUUGAGCCUUUUGCCAGCUUGGUGAAUACACUGCGCUCCACGGUGCCCCGCCUCCUCCUUAACCGACAUGCCGUGGGUCCAUUCGAGAGGGUCCCGCUGCGGAGGGGGGACCACAUGGAACUGGGCGACCUGGAGAACACGGUGCGGAGGUUUGCUGAAAUGCUGGGAUGGAACAAUGACAUAGAAGAGCUGAUGAAGAGUCAGGAACAAGAGCAGUUCAUCCCAACAUUGGUUAGCACCAUCCCGUGUAGGAGCAGAGCCGGCCUUAGUGGCAGCGAGGGGUCAGACUCCGACACGGACAGCAAAUGUUCAGCAUCAUCCUGCCCUAGCAACUGACAGGCGAGAAGUUGGAGACAUGCAUACUGAUCUUAAUCUUAUUUCCUCAUUUCUUACUGAGGUUCAUGUGUACAAAAGGAAAAACAAGCUCACUAUUUUAAGCACUUAUAUCACAAAAAUCUACUGUCCACUCUAUAUCAAGCUGUUCUUCUGAUAUAAACACUGUAUUUUAAACAAUAUUUAAUAAAGCUUAUGUCUACAAGGUGUUUGUU